CGUCCUGCUGCGCCAGCAGGAGCCCCCUUUUCCGCCCAUGGAGUCAUUCAUUAAACGAGAAGAAGACGAUGACGACGACGGAGAGGCUGGCAGUAGGAUCUGGCUGGCAGUGAAAGUGGAGACGCAGGGGGAGGAGAGCGGCGGCGACGACGACGACCACGGGGCGGACGUGCGUACCGGAGAGGUGGAUGGCCGAGAACUUCAGGUCAAACGAGAGCCGCGGGAGGUCAAACGAGAGACGCGGGAGGUCGAACGAAGGGACCUGCACAUUGUGGAGGUCGACCCUCAAGAUCCGCUGGUUGGCGACGGUUCAUCUGUGAGACCUGGAGAGUCGCGGGGGGACUGUUUGGGAUCGUCAGGCGUGGCGGAGAUCGAAGUGGAGGUGGGCGACGACGACAAUGGUGACGGGAUGGUCAUGGAUGGUGCCCCGGAAACGCUCUCCCAUGCGAAAAAAUCCACCGGGACAACGACAACCUGCGCCAGAAAGAGAUCGUACGGCUGCUCGGUGUGCGGCAAAAGCUUCGUCCGCCCGUCGGAACUCAGGUCCCACACGAUGAGGCACACGGGAGAGAGGCCGCACAAGUGCUGCGUGUGCCAGAGGGCAUUUGUCACCGUGUCCAACCUCAAUAAGCACAUGAUGGUCCACAGGGGCGAAAGCCCGCACAAGUGCCCGGUGUGCGGGAAGGGGUUUGCCAAGGAGACGCAGCUGAGGAACCACGAGAUGAUCCACACGGGCAAGUGGCCCCACGUGUGCACCGUGUGCGGGAAGGGCUUCGAGCGCCCGUUCGAUCUGAAGGCCCACGCGAUGAUCCACACGGGCGAGAGGCCCCACGUGUGCACCUUGUGCGGGAAGGGCUUCGGCCGCCUGUCCCACCUUAAGAACCACACGGCCUCGCACACCGGUGAGAGGGCGCACCGAUGCCUGGUGUGCGGCAAGGGCUUCAGGCGCCAUUCGGACAUCAGGGGCCACAUGGCGAUGCACACAGGCGAGAGCCCGCUCCGGUGCCCCGUGUGCGGCAAGGGGUUCAAUGAGUCGACGCAGCUCAGGAGGCACGUGAAGAGCCAUACGGGGGAGUGGAGCCACCGCUGCUCCGUGUGCCAGAGAGGGUUCUUCCGCCCAUCGGAACUGAAGAUUCACAUGAUGAACCACACGGGGGAGAGGCCGCACAAGUGCUUGGCGUGUGGCAAGGACUUCAAGCAGUAUGCAGCCCUGAGGACCCACGUGAUGAGCCACACGGGAGAGAGGCCACACAAGUGCUCUGUGUGCGAGAAGGACUUCGUGCAUCGCUCAUCUCUGACGAGCCACAUGAAGACGCACACGGGGGAGAAGCCGUACAAGUGCCCCGUGUGCGAGAGGGUCUUCAGGAAAUCAUCGACCCUGAAGAAUCACAUGAAGAUGCACGUGGGAGAGGGAGCGUGCGCGAUCGGGAGUAUGUUUGAUUUGUCAAGCCCUUUGUGAGAGGUGCCCUUUAUGACCGCACAGUGGAGAUUCGCAGACAUGCGGGGGAGCAGUUAGUCAGUGAGGAAUAUAUCGGGAGGGUAAAGACGCUACCAAGAAAUCUUCAACGGCUCGAAAUGAAUUGCAAAUGACUAACCAGUUAUCUGAACUACUAGUCACUUAUAGCUCUGGAUUAAUAGAUGGGCUGUGAAAAUAUCUACACCGCUUGGAUGUAAGGAUCAAGAAACCUAUCUACACGGCAAGUUGUAUACAAUUGGUGUCAGAGGCUGUGCGUGCUCCAUGCUGUAGGAUGGUCAGGGCUCAUAGUACCGAUCAUAUCUCAGAAUCCGAACAUUUAUUUACACGGCAGGAGCAAUCCGAUGAGCUAUAAAGCUCUCUUUCACAGAUGUCCAGUAGGGGCACGAGGGCCAUCACGUUACAACAACAAUACACAGUACACACAAACACGAUAUGAGUACAAAGUACAAGACAGGUAAACAAAUCAUCCAAACACAUACAAAUACAACAAAACCAUCCCCUUCCUACCAGGCAAAGCCCACUGGUAUUUACAAAUUUUUCAGAAGCGACCUGGCUGACACAAAUUAUAUCUAAAUGAAGGGACGUCAUCUGCAAAAAGCAACGACGAUGCCUCCAUGCCCCCGUACUGUAAACUCUCCCUACCUCGCACCCUUGGCGUAACUUUGCCGCGGUUAUUUGUGAGCCUGUGAAUCCAAUGGAGGUGAGAACUCCAUUGUUCCCAAGAAGCCACCUUCCUCUUUCCCCCACUGGAAAUACAUCAAAAUUGAUGCUCUUGGUUUUGGUAAGCUUCAUGACCUGCUCUCGAAAAGGACAACAAUAUGCAACUUUGUCAGAUGCGGCUUCAGCCAAGGAGCUAUAGGAGAGCUCUCAAAUAGGAAUUCUUGUAGAUCGACCAACCCAUUUCCACCGCUACUACUGCCAAGGUGUCACAUUUUAUUGUGGAGUGCAUUCCUGGCUUUCUGGACCGCUGGACACUGUCCAAGUAUGUGUGAAAGGGAUUCAAGUCGGAGUGAGCAUUUCCUACAAGACCGCAGGGCUCCUUCCCUGCCUCUCUUCAGGCUCUCCCUUAUUGGGUAUAUAUUACUCCGCAGUUGUUAUGCAGCGAUGUUGUGGCACUCUGAAGUGACGCAUUGCUGACUUUACCCUCUGCAAAGUUCACAAUACCUAUACCUUCAACUGGUCUUUCACACCAUCUUCAAAACUUCACGCUGCCUCUAGUCGCAUGGUAUCGACCAAAUGGGUUUUUUUGGUGCCUUGAAAUUCCACCCCUCUUAGCUCAUAUUUUGAUAUGGCAUUUGUCUCCUCCUGGCCCAUACCCACAGGGUCUGGAAUCCUCACCACCUUAAGCGGACACUAUAUAGCAGGUGACCUCGUCCGAGGAUUCUUUUUUACACCGUGCAGCCUCAAAUGAACCGAUGGGAUCAUACUCUCUAGUUUAAUAAUGCCUAGACCUCCAUCUCAGGUCCGAGAGUCCAAAACCCCAUCACAGGUGGAGGCAGAAAGGUGUAACAAUUGGUUUACCCCAUUUCUAAUCUCCUGAUCUAGCGUGAUUAGAGUAGACGAUUUAUAAUAUAAUUGAUCGAUCUGCUGGGUAGAUUAAUCUGGGGGGUACAGGCAUACCCCGUUUAGCACGGGAGAUGCGUGCCUGGAAAGCGCUUGGUGAAUGGGGGCUAUAUACGGGGUUAUAGCAUACACCCUAUGCGGAUGUGUUUCCGACAUCGUAAUUUAUCACCUAUGACCAACACAGGGGUUAAUUGGGUUAUUGGAACAAUAUUAUGGAUGAUAAACAUGACUUAUAAAUACUGUUAAUGGUACUAAAUUUCGAAAUAACAAAGUCUACUCACCAGUGCAUGGUGCGACCCUGAUAUGGUGAUCUUGGCAGCGCUGGGAGACAAGAUGAGAGUUGCAGCUUCCGCCCAGUGGUGCAGUCCAAUCUGUGACUUGGCUUCCACGGCCCCCACCCCACCCCGGUUUUAGAGGAAAGCGCUCAUUGGCGCAGAGCGAACACCGCGCCAAGUCGACUAUGAUAGCGCUCGCUCAUUGGCUGAGGGUGGAGAGCGUGAAAUGGCACUAAUACUGAACAGGACUUGUAUGAGAGCCUACACCGUGCUAACUUAAGCACGGCUUUUCAUUCUUAUGAUUUAAAUUUACUGAACGUUAAAU